UACUACACGCUACCUGAUUCUGGCGACCACGUGCUUGGAGCAGCACCCACCCUUGAUAGCUUUAAAACCGCCUCCGCAACAGUUACUGGUUCUCCCGCCUACCAUCAGCUUGCGGACCCAUCUGGUGUCGGUCUUUACCCAGCAACAGGCUCUGCUUGCUCGAAUGGUCCUCUGUCUACUACUGCCUGUCUUUUCUUUUCUCCAGGAAAUCAACCUUCUUUAUCGGAACUUCAAACACUUAACCCACUUUGCUCAUCCAUGGGGUCGCCUCCUCCUGGAGACUUCUGCCCCUCUUCCGGUCUCGCUUACCCAUUGGUCAAUAGCACGACCCACACUUCUGUUGCUAUUGCAAGUGGACUUCCAGGCAGUCCUUUGAUUCUUUCCAGACAGACCAUGCGUGACCCAGUGGCCGAGCAGAAUCCCGGCCUUGAUGGAGCACUGGGACUAGAACUUGCUACUGGUGCCCUCUACGCUUCUGCGAAUCCUGACAACGAGGUGGCCUUGGAGAAUAGUGCCUUGGCGGCGGGAUUCUUGAUUCCUGGUUGCCCAACAACAGCUAAACUGCAGAGGCGGUGGCACUCUCCAAUCGGUCAAAAAGUGGAGCGGUCAAAUGGACAAAUAAUGGUAGGCUAUACUAACUAA